AUUUUUAAGGGAUGAAGCUCUGGGGUGCUCGCUGCUGGUUGCAGGCCACGCCCCAGGUCAGUCAGGUACCACCAGCACCUUUCCCAUCCGGCCCUCAUUGGAAGACUACAAGAGAGGCCUUGUGCAGUCUGCAUUUUCCGUGAAAUUGGAUCCGACGUCCAAGCAGGACUUCAUCAGUCCCCUCCCAUCCAGAUUCUCUCUCUCUUAUCUUUCUUCUUGUCACGACACACUCGCACACACUCCCAGCUUCACCAUCGUUUUCCAAGACCGACCGACUCGCCCCGGAGAGUGUGCUGUGCGUGCCCGUGUCCGCGUCCGUGUCUGCAUUUGCCUUGUCUACUUGUCUCUACUUGUCAGUCCAACGCUCGUUUUGGAUUUCUAUUCCCUUUUUUUUUUUUGGCCAGGCAGACGGCCAGGCAGCCCGACAGCCCGACAGGCCAGAGAGACACAAACGGAACAUCGACCAAGACCAAGCCAAUCUGACUCGCUCCUAGAUUGGGCCCUGGCAUGGAUGGAUAGCAGCACUUGAACGCCUGCGACACAUUCCCGUUCCCGCUAAGACAAAGAAGACGCAGAAGAAAGCGUCGCCCGCCCGCCGCCCAAUCCAACGCCCACUCCAACGUCCACUCCCCAAGCCCACGCCUGCCGCCGACUGGGCGCCAAAAAAGCCGACCAACGUACAACUACGGUAAACACUAGGCCACACGCGAGAAGGCGUCAACUCAAUUCGCAGCUUUCCACCGCGAACCCGUACAUCGUGCACUUUGAUCUCUGUAGCCCACACGACCCUCACAUUGGCCCACCGGCGACUUUUCUUCAACCUUCGUUUUUAAGCCGCCCCCCUUGCUGACCGCGUCGGUCGCUGCGAGUUACUGUCGGGUAAAUUCCACCGGGCAACCAACGGUGACGAAAAGACCCACGUUCUUUUGGUUCCUUCUCCUUUCUCCCUGGGCCUGGGCCACCAUAACCCAACCCCCUUUUCCUGCAAACGACAAAACACCCGCGUUCCCUCCUGCCCAGCAAUCCGGUCCGACGUGCCAACACCGCUGAACAGCUGCCCAGGAUGGCGAACCCAAUCAGCGGAGCCUUCAAGUCCUUCUGGCACACAAUGACCAGUUAUGACAGACACUCGGGUCCCGAUUCUCCAUACCGAUCUGGUCGCCACGUCCCUCUCGGUGAGGGUGGCCUCACAUCAGUCGCCACCGCCUCCGAGUCUCGAGCAGAUAUUACAUCCCCCUACGGCGACUACAACGCCCGGAGCUCCCUGACCCAUCUCGAAAGCUCGACCUCAUACAACGGCGCCCCGGUCUCGCCUGCAAUUCCUCAGAGCCCCGGCGGGGGCCGGCCCUACUCCCCUGGCAUGCGUUCCCAGCUUGCACGGUCCAACACUGCCGAUGGUUUCGAGAUGCAGAGCCCGGUCGGAGAGAUCCCAAUGCAGUCAUUUCAGGACGGUCAGCCACCCGCGCCACCCGUAACUCACUCUUGGAAGCGUAUCGAUUCGUGGGCCGAAGAGAACUACCCUGAGCUGUGGGACCAGCUCUGCGAGGGAUGCACUGUCAACGAUCUGAACGAGCUUGAACACCAGCUGGACUGCACACUACCCCCCGAUGUCCGUGACUCCCUCCAGGUCCACGACGGCCAGGAGAGAGGCGGCAUGCCGACCGGUAUCAUUUUCAGCAACAUGCUUCUCGAUUGUGAAGAGAUCAUCCAGGACUGGGAUCAGUGGCGCACGGUUAACCAGCAAUUCCUACUCGACUCGGCAGUCGUGAAGCCAGUCGCUCCCUCCAAGGCCUUUGGAGGCAGCAGCGAGGCCUCGUCCUCCAAGUCUGCCCCCAGCCCCAACCCGCAGGACAAGACUGCGUGGCGGGAAACUCUCAUAGCUCGCCAGGAAUCUGUCCCCGCUGACACGAUCCGCAAGGCUUACGCUCACCCCGCCUGGAUCCCUCUUGUUAGGGAUUGGGGUGGAAACAACUUGGCCGUCGAUCUCGCACCCGGUCCCAAGGGCAGCUGGGGUCAGAUCAUUCUUUUCGGCCGAGACUACGACACCAAGUAUGUCGUGGCGCGCUCCUGGGCCCAUUUCCUGGCCACCGUUGCGGACGAUCUGAACAGCGGCAAGUGGUUCAUCGACGAGGACAGCCAGGAGCUCAAGCUGCGUGAGUUUAAGGCGGCUCGCGUUGAGCCGGGCUAUUUCGAUAUUCUGAGGUGGAGGAUGGAUCAGAAGUACGGCCGGGGUGCGGCAGCCCGAGCUGCGAAGAGGAAAUCAGGUGUUCCGGGUUCCGGCACCCCGACUGGACCAGGCUCACCUUACACCAGCCCGACGGAGCCUAACGGCGAGGUGCGCGGCCGCUCACUCCACCGUCUAAGCGGUAGCUCGCCCCUGGCGAGCCCCAUGCGUGCGAAUGGCAAGGCGAGUCCCCUAGCUCGCGUCACGGAGGAGGCCUCACUCCAGGAACUUCCACCCAACGGACUUACGAAGCCAGAGAAGCUCGUGGAGGUCGAGACACCGAGGGUCAGCGGCGAGGAGAGCAGCGCGCCGAGACUUGCGGCCCUGACCAAGGGCGAAACCUCAGACAGCGCGGAUUCCGAGUCGCCCAAAUCGGCCAAGGUCAACGGCAAGAAGCCGAUGGUGACGGAAGAGGCGAUGAAGGAGAUUGAGAUCUAAUGGGAAUUCCGCGAUGAAGAACAUGAUACCUGCAACGAAUGGGAAGAGCAUAUAUAUCCCAGCACAAGGGGAUUGGCGUUCACGGCGUUAUGACGAAGCCUCGACCCUAGACGAAGUCGUUCUCAGUCUUUCAGGCCCUCGCGCGUCCAUCACCCCUCCCGCGACUGUUGGCCAAGAAAUUGGAAGCCACUGUCAGGUUUCCGUCUGAUUUCGAAACACCCGCCAUAUGACUUGAAGGAUGCGUUGGUUUUCAGGCACGCCUUCUGUACGAACACCGACACCGGAUUUUUGCAUUCUGCCUCUGCUUUGGCCAGGCACCGGCCGUUUUCGAAGCGAAAGGAUACAGUUAAUAAACCCCGUCUUCUGCGUUUCUUUGCUGCCAGGUGGGGUUUUGUUUUUGUGUAUAUUACUCCUCCGGCGGGAAUCGACGAGGCCCACCGCGCGGUGGGCCGUCCGACCGUCGCACCGAUUAUUCUUCAUCAUUAAUUACGCAUUCAAGGAAGAAGAAGUAGUCUGAACGCCGUGUGUCCUAGAUUUGGAGUGGUCUGCCUGAGGCGUCGGCGGUCGGAAGGAACGAAAACACCAGAAUCUCUUAAGGUGUGGUAGAGGGGGCUCACAAGCAGUCGGGGGACGUAACCGGGAAGAGGGAUGUAAUCUCCAGUGGUAACGACGGCUUCGCACUUGUCAUCUAGUACACCUGCGAUCGACGGCGGGCGGGCCUGAGCCACCAUACUUCAAUAAACCGUCAUUUUGAGGAGCCUUCACCCUCUUACGUCGCUCUGCUGUCUGUGCCUUUCAAAGCGGGGUAGACCAGAGCCAGACCAUAGUCUAUGGAGACAUUUGUUUAUGCUAGUGAUUAGAGCCGUACGGAGCACUCAUGAUGGCCCUCAGUCCCUGAACAAGCAUCGAUACAUUACCACCCGCGGUGGUAUUAAUCCGGCUGGAGUAUUACUGGGAUUUGGCACCCUACUUGAUACUCCUGGGGCCCAUGGGCUGCAGUUGUAGCUUGCGAGAGGAACAGUGCAUCUCGGCCUUUUCAUCCAAGUAUGCAAUCGUGAGUAGAGCUCGACUAAUAAAUGCUGUUUUUCGC